AUGAGUGCCUCAGCAUUCAGACACCCUCUCAUUGCCGGAGACUGGUGCUCCAUUCAGACACCCUCUCAUUGCCGGAGACUGGUGCUCCAUUCAGACACCCUCUCAUUGCCGGAGACUGGUGCUCCAUUCAGACACCCUCUCAUUGCCGGAGACUGGUGCUCCAUUCAGACACCCUCUCAUUGCCGGAGACUGGUACUCCAUUCAGACACCCUCUCAUUGCCGGAGACUGGUGCUCCAUUCAGACACCCUCUCAUUGUCGGAGACUGGUGCUCCAUUCAGACACCCUCUCAUUGCCGGAGACUGGUGCUCCAUUCAGACACCCUCUCAUUGCCGGAGACUGGUGCUCCAAUCAGACACCCUCUCAUUGUCGGAGACUGGUGCUCCAUUCAGACACCCUCUCAUUGCCGGAGACUGGUGUUCCAUUCAGACACCCUCUCAUUGCCGGAGACUGGUACUCCAUUCAGACACCCUCUCAUUGCCGGAGACUGGUGUUCCAUUCAGACACCCUAUCAUUGCCGGAGACUGGUGCUCCAUUCAGACACCCUCUCAUUGCCGGAGACUGGUGUUCCAUUCAGACACCCUCUCAUUGCCGGAGACUGGUGCUCCAUUCAGACACCCUCUCAUUGCCGGAGACUGGUGCUCCAUUCAACACCCUCUCAUUGCCGGAGACUGGUGCUCCAUUCAACACCCUCUCAUUGCCGGAGACUGGUGCUCCAUUCAGACACCCUCUCAUUGCCGGAGACUGGUGCUCCAUUCAGACACCCUCUCAUUGCCGGAGACUGGUGCUCCAUUCAGACACCCUCUCAUUGCCGGAGACUGGUGCUCCAUUCAGACACCCUCUCAUUGCCGGAGACUGGUGCUCCAUUCAGACACCCUCUCAUUGCCGGAGACUGGUGUUCCAUUCAGACACCCUCUCAUUGCCGGAGACUGGUGCUCCAUUCAGACACCCUCUCAUUGCCGGAGACUGGUGCUCCAUUCAGACACCCUAUCAUUGCCGGAGACUGGUGCUCCAUUCAGACACCAUCUCAUUGCCGGAGACUGGUGCUCCAUUCAGACACCUCAUUGCCGGAGACUGGUUUUCAUUCAGACACCUCAUUGCGGAGACUGGUUUCCAUUCAGACACCUCAUUGCUGGAGACUGGUUGCCAUUCAGACACCCUCUCAUUGCCGGAGACUGGUGCUCCAUUCAGACACCUCAUUGCCGGAGACUGGUUUCCAUUCAGACACCCUCUCAUUGCCAGAGACUGGUGCUCCAUUCAGACACCCUCUCAUUGCCGGAGACUGGUGCUCCAUUCAGACACCCUCUCAUUGCCGGAGACUGGUGUUCCAUUCAGACACCUCAUUGCCGGAGACUGGUACUCCAUUCAGACACCCUCUUAUUGCCGGAGACUGGUGCUCCAUUCAGACACCCUCUCAUUUCCGGAGACUGGUGUUCCAUUCAGACACCCUCUCAUUGCCAGAAACUGUUGCUCCAUUCAGACACCCUCUCAUUGCCGGAGACUGGUGCUCCUUAUCAGUGUUACCAAAAGCAGAAAGUUAG